CGAACAGUUGCCAUCUUGGCGAGUGAAUCCAACGACGGCGACUAUUUACCAAAUAUUUCCAUCAUUAUUGCAUCGAAAAAACAGGGUUGCUAGAUAUUGGCCAUGACAGCACCCGGACCGGGUCAGUCCCAUUUCGGUACAGGGAUGACAGACUUGCCUGUGUCCGGAGCAGAUGCUGUAGAAGGGAUGAAGCUAGCCACAUCAAUGGCGGCCAUCACAAGUCCCAUCACACCCGAGGGUCUCUUGAGUGCCCAGUCCCUUGGGGCCGUCACCAUCCCCCAGAGCUUCUGUUUUCCCCAGACGUCCUUGUCGUCAGCUUUCUCAUCCAGUCAGCAGGCUCCGCCAGGGACACCAUCGCCGCUAAAUGUCACCCUCGGUUUUCCAAUGAAUGUGAAUACUGGUGCUGUUGGACAUCCAUUCGUUCAACCAAUAUCCGUCGGACAAAUUUGCACGACUGUUGCACAAAGUCUUGGGAUUCCGAUCAGCCAGACAAUUUUGGCUGUUCCUAAUGGAGGUCAAGGUCAGUUCCUGUCUGGUGCCUUCAGUCAACUUCAGCCAAUCAUAAUGAGUGCUCAGCAGCAGCCAGUCAUGGCCAACCCGUUCAUGGGAGCGCCUCAAAAUGGCAGUGUCACCCCACUUGCUGCCUCGCCCAACACAUUUUCCCUGAACUCCAUCACAGCGCCAGCAUUGCUUCCGAAAGAACUGAUUUUUGAGAACAUAGCCGAGUCGGGUAAUGAAUCCGAAAGCAAUUUUAGUAAUGAAACUCCCAAACAGGAAAUGGGUGACUUGGCAGACGUGGAAUCUAUCUUAAACAUAACCUCCAUGGAUGAUGGAGGCAUACAGAAUGAUAUUGAAAUGCCUGAUAGUGAGAACUCCAAUUCGACCAAAGAGGAUGUCAAAUCAAACGCUGAAGACUCUCCAGCACCAGUAGAAGACGUUGCAAGUCCCAAACCAAGUCCUGUUCCAUCCGAUUCUGAAAAGAUGGAGGAGGAGUCCAAUUCCGUGACCGAGGAAGCUGCCCCUGAUGCCAGCAGUGUGAAGGAAGAGGAGGAGGAAGAGAGCUCCCUUCCAGAACAGAAGCCCUUGGAGGAAGUAAAGGCAGAGUCACCCUACCCAGCAAUGGAGGACAAUACAGAACUUGUGGAUCCAAAGGUUGAAUCUUUGGAUGACCUUGAUGACAAAUCUCGAUUCUGUAUGAUCGAUACGGCUGAUUACAACGAAGAUGGUAUUCCGGUUGAAUAUGACCAGUCCGAGUUCAACUGGGAAGAAUAUCUACUAGAGACCGGCUCGACCAGUGUACCCCCCACAGCCUUCACCCAUGUGGAGUGCAGUCUACAGAGUGGUUUUGUGAAGGGCAUGAAGCUAGAAGUCCCAAACAAGUCAUCACCUAACACAUACUGGGUGGCAUCAGUCAUCAUGUCAUGUGGUCAGUUGCUACGGUUACGUUAUGAUGGUUAUGAAGAGGAUGGGUCUGCUGACUUCUGGGCUGACCUUAUGACCUCCGAGAUCCAUCCAGUGGGAUGGUGUUCGAGUAAUGGCCGCACUCUUCAGCCUCCUGAUGCCAUUAAAGACAAAUUCAGCGACUGGAAGGAGUUUGUAGUAGCAUCUCUAACGGGGGCCAGGACGGCCCCUCCAUACCUCCUGGAUAAGAUGACGGGCACGACACCUGUAGAUCAGCUGAAACAGUGCAUGAGACUAGAGAUCCAGGACGUCUGCAAGCCCACGAACGUGUGGGUCGUACAGAUCAUCGAGAACGUUGGAGGCAGGCUCUACCUGCGCUAUGAAGGCGUGGAGUCAGGCACACAUGACUUCUGGAUGUUCUACCUGAAUGAGAGCCUCCAUCCCAUUGGCUGGGCCAAGGAGAUGAAGUACACAUACAAGCCUCCCAAAGAAGUAGAAAAGUCCUUCAUGAAAUGCUCCGAGGCUGAGAUUAACGAGAUUCUGGAAGAAGGCCUGAAGAUGACACAGGACCAGAUACUGCCUGCAGACAUAUUCAAGGAUCAGCCGGAAAUCCCCACCCACAAAUUCCAAAAAGGCUGGAAGAUCGAGGGGUUGAAUCCACUGAGCCGCAACCAGAUCUGUCCUGCUACUAUCAUCCAAAUCUUCAACAGCCGGUACUUCCUGGUGGAGAUAGACUCCUUGGAGAGGCAUUCCAGUAAACGUGUACAGUUCAGUUGUCAUGCCAACAGCCCAAACAUCUUCCCCAUCCACUGGUGCCAGUGCAAAGGGCUCCGUCUCACGCACCCUGCAGGCUGGUCCAAGCCUGAUUUCAGCUGGUCAGAAUACCUGGCCUACUGUAAUGCUCAGUCAGCCCCUGAUGCAAUGUUUGAUCUGACUCCCCCAGUGCAUGAGUUUGAGAAGGGCAUGAAGCUAGAAGCUGUAAACCCCGACAAUCAGAAUCAGAUCUGCGCAGCCACCAUCACGAAGAUCGUAGAUGGCCUGAUGUGGAUCCACCUGGACAUCAGUAUGAAGAUUGUUGCCAGUCACAUUGAGAGUAUUGAGUCCCAGAACCUGUUCCCUGUUGGUUGGUGUGAAAGCAAUGGCUACCAGCUGAAACCCCCACGGAAACUCGGCUUGAAGCGACCGAUACAGAAACGAGUUGCCGUCGUUCAGCCGGAAAUUGCCGAGGGACCAUGGAAUGAAGAGAACAAGAGUGAGUCCUACUCCCAGGUGAAGAAUGGGGAGUCUGGAGGCAGUGGCUGGUGCCCGAAGAUCUACUUCAAUCAUCGCUGCUUCUCUGGCCCCUAUCUGAGCAAGGGACGCAUCUCGGAGUUGCCCAAGUGUGUGGGUCCCGGCCCCAUCAAUCUGGUCAUGAAGGAGGUGCUGUCCAUGCUCAUCAACGUGGCCUACAAGUCCUGUAGGGUGCUGCGCGAGAUUCAGAUGGAGGGCUCGCCAAAUCCCAACAUGCAUCAGCAAGUGUUGAAGGCCAAGUACAAGGGGAAGAGCUACCGGGCGACGGUGGAGAUCUGCAAGAGCACGUCGCAGCUGGAGGAGUUCUGUCGACAGAUCUGCAUCAAGCUGGAAUGCUGCCCCAACCUCAUCAGCCCGCAUCUCUUCACCACAGAAUGUCCAGAAAUCUGCUCCCAACUCACCAAGACCAAAUACACAUAUUACUAUGGCAAGAAGAAGAAGAAGGUAGGACGUCCCCCUGGCGGUCACACAAACUUGGAGGACGGCCCCAAGAAACCAGGCAAAAGACGGAAAAGAAAAAAGAUCAACUUUGUUACCAAGAAAGUGCGGACGUCGCAGGAUGAGAACGAUGACUGCAUCGAUGAUGACAAAGACAGUGUUAACAGUGACACCAGGACUGUAGAUAGCACCAGCACCAAUGGUUCCAAAGAUAAAGACUUAGAUUUGAAACAAAGCCAGGGCUUGCGGAUUAAACGGAAGUACACGCACCACGUGCCCCCGCCCUCAGACAUUCGUACUCGGGGAGCCAAACUGCCCAAAUAUAGCUUCGAACGAAGGACUCACAAAAAAAUCAUGCUCACAUCCCAUCAUGGUUCCUCACAUCACCAUGGCAACAGCUCAAUCGUGACCAAGUCUCAAAGUGCACUUGGACUUGGGAUGAACUCUAAACAUGGCAGCGGGAUGUCCCGGAAACAUCAAGAUUCAUCUGUGAAGAAAGAGGAAAUACUCCGACUGGAGAAGAACCCACUGAAGUGGUCACUGAGUGAUGUGGUAGAAUUCAUCAAAACAACAGACUGUGCUCACCUAGCCAGGCUCUUCAAGGAACAGGAGAUCGACGGGCAGGCCCUCCUUCUUCUGACCCUGCCCACAGUACAGGAACACCUCGACCUGAAGCUGGGGCCCGCCAUAAAGCUGUGUCAUCAUAUCGAAAGAGUGAAAAUAGCUUUUUACGAAACAUUCGCCAAGUGAGGGAAGCAGCUCAUUGUGCAAUUACAUUCAGUAUUGGAUGACGUCAUAAUCACACUGGGGUUGGACGUUGGCCGAGGUGCAGUCCAGCUUCUCUUUCUGUGCCAUCAGGGUUGCGGUUGUUGUUACAAGCAUCCUGUAUGUGAAUUUUGUGCCAAUUUCUUUCAGUUUCCAUUUUUUUAUUUCAGGGAAUAAUGAAAUUCCAAUAUGUUCUUAAAUAAGAUCGAUGAAGAACAGAUUAAUUGUGGGGGAUCUGGUAACUGUAGCAAUGUUAACUUAACACACGGCAUUGAAUCAGUCAAGCGAAUGAUAUUAAUUAAUGCAGUUCCGAGGAUAUUAUUCCACUUGCAAGCUCCCCGUUGAAAGAGAGUAUGUGGAAACAGACGAACAACUCAUUCUCAAAAAGGGGGGCACAGGUGGCCCAGUCGUCUAAAGCGCCGCGAUUCGCUGUGCAGAGUUG